UUGCCAUCCUCAAUGAUGGUACCAUCAUGACAAUAUCAAAGGAUAGGGUGAAACCAUCUCCUCAGCCUGAUAGCUGGAAGCUGGCAGAAAUUUUUGUAACUGGAGUCAUUCUUGGUGGUUACUUGGCCAUGAUGACAGUCAUUUUCUUCUGGGCAGCAUACAAGACAAACUUUUUUCCUCGUAUAUUUGGGGUUUCAACUCUUGAAGCAACAGCUCAUGAUGACUUCAGGAAGCUUGCAUCAGCAAUAUACUUGCAAGUGAGUAUCAUCAGUCAGGCCCUAAUAUUUGUGACACGUUCUAGGAGUUGGUCUUUCGUUGAACGUCCUGGCCUUUUGCUAGUGGUGGCUUUUGUUGUUGCUCAGUUGGUUGCUACACUGACAAUAGAGGAUUGAUUUCAAUUCCUUUUUGUGAAAUCAAGAGAUCAGUUGGCUGAUGUUUUCAAU